UUUCGACCGAGGCGGCCCGCUAGCUCCUCCCAUUCACCUGACCUGUGAUUCCAAUGAAAUAUUCAAUACUUGCAAAGAGUGUUUGGGUCAGAUUGAUGACAAGAUAACAUCGCGAACAGAUUUGAUGGUUUUUUAGCAUACAUAAUGCACUAGACGUCGAGCUGUUGUUAUGUUGGCUACUCUGAAUCUUAGGCUGGACUAAAAACAACGUUUCUCGCAUUUGAAGAAGUAUUAAAAUAUCUUGUGUGUAUAUAUACGGUCGUGAAAUCUCAAAGGUGCGUAUAAAUUGCUGUAAUCUUUAUUUUUUUCCUGCGUGGAGUUUUCCUCGCGGCAGAUUGACACUUUCCUGUUGUAUGCAAAUAUAGAUGUCGCGAAGGCUAACCUCGGCUACAGUUCAGCCUGUUAACGCACACUACGCUUGGAAAGCCACAAACUUAGUAAAAAUCAUUUGAAAGCGUUCAGCAGAACAACAGGAAUUAAGGGCUAACAAUUUAGCAAUUAAUUUCAAGUGUUAGCGCGGUUACUGCAGGCACAUUAAUACAUUUAUUUCAUUUGAAAUGUGUACACUUAUGUCAACGAAAGUACUUGAUGAGUUUGUGCAUUAUAUAUAUAAAACAGAAAGUAGCUUUCAUUUCAAACUAUAAACGUUAUGUUGGGAUUUCGGCUACUUUGAUGCAAUAAUAAAUUUUAGGUGCCUUUCACAUGGAAAUCGGUGCGAAUUUGUACGUCUUCGCUAUUGCAUUGACACGGGACGCAUAGACCGACGGCGAAUCAGACCGCACGUAUAGCUAACCAGAGUCGGACGCAUUUUAUACGCUUCCUAAUUCGUCUGUUUCCUGUGGAUGUUGUCUAAAACUCGUGUUUUUAAUUUAGAAAAAAAGACUAUAUAUUAAUCAACGGUUUCUUUUGUUGCGCGUGACAUAUCUCAUUUUGUUUAUAUUUAGGCUUUCCUAUAUAUUAUUCUGGAGCAUCGAGUCAAAAUUGUUAUUAUUCAUGUAAAUAUAUCUGAAUGCAGACCUUAUUUAGCGACAUUUUAUAACUGUCCUUAAUUGUGUUUUUAAUUUGAAAUAAUAAUAAUAAUCAAUUAUCACGAACUGAUCUGUUCUGCUCAGAUUAUAAUGAUUUAUUCUACAGCUAUACUCCCUAUUCAAGCCUUCAAAAUGCAGAUUCGCGCUACAGGUGGUGAUUGCAAACAUGUUUUUUAAAAACCAAAAUCUUCUAUUUUUGUGACUUCAAAUCAAAGACGUGAUGAAAAUGUAAUUGAAAUGAUCAAAUGAAAACUUGAAUAAAUUGAAAAGGAGUUUUGGCGUUUGUAUAUUGACUUUUUUAAAAAAGAUGAAUCGCAUAGAAGCGUUAUAGUUUAUAAUAAUCGCGGUUCUAUUGAUGAAUGCGUCUUACUUCAUUUUUGAUUCGCAAUUUGUUGUGGUCUACCGCAGAGAACGCUUCCAGAAAUUAUUACACGAUUGCUAUCAUAUAUCAUUAAUUAAAUCAAGGGUUCAAAAGAAAUUCACGGAGUGAAAUUCGUACGGUUGUCUGUACUCGAAUUCGGCAGGUUUCAUGUAUAUUCCUGUGCGAUUGUGUGAAUUAAGGGGUUGUAUCCUGUAAACAUCAAUGGCUAUAAACCUGCAGGCUAACGACCUUUUUUCACCAAUUUAGUGUGUUUUUAAUUAAGGUACUAUAUAUUUUUCAUUAUAUUGCGUGCAGUUUUAUUAAUCAUUAGUGAGUGAUAAUCGAUCUGGUUUAUCCUUUGCAGUUGCCUUUUAUUUACAGGUAAUGUUUAAUAUUCUGGGCCGGUUGUUCGAAAGCCGAUUAGCCCCUUAGCCUGCGUGCAGUCCCAGACUCCCAAAGGAAGUAGGACUGCACGCAGACUACUUAACCCUAGGUUAACCUAAAAUCCAAAUCAAACUUCCUGACAGCUGUUUAUAAAUUUGUAAAUAUUUCUUCAGAAAUCUUGUCUGGAUCGAUAGGAGUUCACUUCUCUGAAGCCGGUUUUCAGUGAAGUAAUCAGACGUGCAGAAAUACAAAAACUAAAACAGCAGGUUAAAUUUUAACCCAGGGUUAGCGCUAACCCACCUUUGAAUACCGACCCCAGAAUGCUACAGUUUAAAAUGGUCGAAGAUGACGAAUGUAAUUUUUCAUUUCUUCUAGAGGUAAAACCUGAGUGUUCAAUUCAACUGUAGAAUCCUACAAUAACUACGACAAAACAUGACCUCAAAACAGGUAUCCGCGUUUGUGCUACUUUUAAACCUCGUUCCAAUCUUUGCUUCCAUCAUAUACCAACCUGGUGACGUCAUCAUUGGCCAGCUACUUCCUGUGAACCAGUCCGGUGACUCCAAAUGCGCGAAGCGUGAUCUUGUGAGUGUCAUUAAAGUCGAAGCGUUAGUCUACGCUACGAACCGAUUGACCACCGAAGGCGAUGGGCUAAAAAUAGGGUAUGAGGUUAUAGAUACGUGCUCUGAUUUCGACGUAAAAAGGUGGUUUCCGGGUGGGAAAAAUCUGUCCCGUGUUCCUAUUGCUAUUAUAACGGACUUGACUGACGCUCGUCAGUUUUACUCCCUUGCAACUGAGCGACGAAACGGAGGCAAGAAUAUGUCUUUAAUAAGCUUGAAAUAUCGUCCACAAGUUUGGGGUAAUGCGUACUCCAUGAGCCCCGAGGAAAACACCCCACAACGCGCCAUUUUCGGUUUAGUGCAAGACUUUAAUUGGAAUAUCCUUGAUAUCGUUAGCUACAAUGAUGUUAGUGGUUUGGAAAACUUCAAAGAAUUAAGCAAAGACAGCGACGUAUGCCUUCUCAACGAGCUUUCGUUUAUGAAUAGCGAUUUCAAAUGGGUAAAACGUGGAAAAAAGAACAGUCCUGUUGCACUUUUGUUCUCCAAAGGUGAGAUUUCGGCGGUUAUCGACGAGUUACCCAGCUAUAAUUUAUCUGACUGGAAUAUAAUAUUAGGACAUGAAGUAUCGAUAGGAAAACGUCACUGGGAAACCAACAUGGCGGGCGUCGUUGGCAUCCGAAGGAACUAUGGGAAUUUAAAUGAUUUUGAAAAAUACCUCAAAACUUCGGAAUUACUUGAAAAUGCUCUGAUGGAAACAUAUUGUUCAAAUAUGACAGUUGAACAGUGCGCUAGCCAUAAAGAUCAAGUGAUAAGUCAGAAUAUCCAUCAGGGCGCUUCAGUAAUUGACGCAGUAUAUGCCGUGGUCAAAUCCCGCCAAACUGGCUCAAAAACAGGUUUAACUGGAAUUCAAGUUACAAGUGUUACCGGUCGAGUAGUGAGCUUCGAUGCGGACGAUUUGACGAGAAAUGAGAUAAUGUACGACGUUCUAAAUAUCCGAGAUAAUAAAUUCGUAAAAGUUGGUAAAAUAGAAUUUGCUCCCCAAAUGAAAGUUACGCUAACUGAUACGAUUGCUUGGAAGAAUAAGAGCCCGGAUGAAAGAUGUUCAAAGGAUUGUCCACCGGGGACAUGGCGAGAGGUUUGGGACGGGGCAAGAAAAUGUUGCUGGGAUUGCCGGGCUUGUGUUCCCGGAACUGUGUCCUCAUACAUGAACAGUACCCGCUGUGUCAAAUGCCCGAUCGGAACUAAACCCACUUUGGAUCAAAGCAAAUGUCAACCGCCUUAUAUCGAUUACUUAAAAUGGCACGAUCCGUUCAGUCUGGUAAUGAUUUUUCUCUUGGCAUUUACAAUUUGUUUUCUGGUUUACGCAGUGAACAUCUAUGUGAAAAAAGCAAAUACCCCCGUGUUCCUGAGAUCCAAAAGUGCCUCCCUCCCUCUCCUGUUAUCCCUGUUUGUCACCUUCGUGUUGCCUAUACUACUUCUGAUGAAACCCACCCGGAGUGCCUGCGGGGCGUACAACGCUAUGUUCAUGUUCUCGUUGGGAAUACCGCUGACAUUUUUGAUUGCCCGCAGUCACGUUGUACUCAAUUAUUGCUAUGGUGAUGAUGGCGAAUUGAAACGUAAAUGGUUUCGCUGUAGUCCCCAGACCGUAAUAAGCUUCGUGCUUAUUAUCCUACAACUUAUCGUGGUUGUGAUUGUCCUCGCUGUCGCCCCUGCAGAAGUUUUAACCUUGGCCUCCCCUGAACCGGAUGUGGAAUAUAUCGAAUGUGCGUCGCAUUCCCGACCGGCGUUUUUGCCCCUCGUGUUUUUUAUCCUCGCUUUGAUAAUGGCUUUUAAUAUUCUCCAUAUGAGCGAAGAAUGCUCGCCUCUCAACCAAAACGAAGUGAAGUUUGUGUCGUUCGGAAUAUACCUAAUGUAUACUUUAAUCUUUGUCUACUUCGUCGCGGUAUUUGGCAUAAAUGGAAAGAAGAAAAUACGAGUUUUGUGCGCAAUGGCUUACCUCAUUGGAGUGAACUUUUUCGUCACCGUAUUUUUGCCAAAGAUUUAUGUGAUUUUAUUCAAACCGGAAGAAAACUUGCCGGAUGUGAGUCGCCUCUUGAAAGAUGAAAAUGGGAACCAGGAUGUGUCCCGCCUGAGUAAAAGGGAGUGCGUGGAAUCUCCGUUGUUAGGCCUGCAAUCGGGCCCGUAUGAUCGUACCGAGGUUUAGGGCACUAGGACUGAGCACUACAAAGGUUGCUUUCUAGUCAUGCAUUUUCAUCAUGAAUGUACAGGCAGGGAAAAAAUCCGUGUAAACACAGCAUUUUGUGGUCUGUACGAGUUAGUGUGUAUUGGUUCAAGCAAUACACCUUUCCAGAAAAUGCUCAGUCUUGGCUAUAGAACCUUGAUUUCGUGAUGGAGAUAUUGGUUUUAAAUCCCAUUACCUUACGGACAUUACCCUAUAGCCAUGGCCAAGUAAUUUCUGGAAGGGUGUAUUAAAUUAAGAGAUGUGUAUUAUUUAGCACGGUUUGAGGUUUUCCGUGCCUGGUGAAAACGCAUGAGCAGGAAGCAGGCUUUAAUGAUAGCGCAACGAAGCUUUGAACUUUACAAGUUUAUGACAAGCAGGGUAAAAUAAGUGAAAGGGUCGGUAAUCUUUACAGGGUCUCGACAGGAACCAUGAGUUUGUUGUCAAAUCUUAGAAACGUUGAGUUUAUUUAGAUUACAGACUCUUGUAGUUAUAGGUAGGAUAUACUGCAUAUAGAGCACAAAGCUAGCUAACUGAACACAAUGCUAGCGUGAUUUUAACUUGCACUGUCGUACUUAAGUAAAGUAUAUAUUUGUUUUCACAGGAUACUUGGAAUACAGUGUAAAUCCAAUGUUUUAACCGAUUUGUUUUAUUGUUGGAACUUUUCUUCUGUGGUAUUACUGGUAUAUGAUCAAAUUAUAUUGCUUGAAACAAUGAGUUAAUAGCUAAAUUUUGUAAAAUUGGACUUCAUAUUAGAAUUCCCUUUC